AGUACACACACACACACACACACACACGCAUGCACACACCCUCUCUCUGUCUCUCUCUCUCUCACACACACACAGCACAACACACUUUAAACAGCACUGGAACUUUGAGCCCCAGGUGGACGGGUAAAGCUUUGAAGCAGAGAAGGACACAACGCUUACAAGGAAAAAAGGACGUUGAAAGAAAGAGAAAACAAACGGAUAUCGUGUGUGUUUCUGCUGAGUUUGUUGAAGAGAUAGUGAGCAUUAGGAUGAUGUCACAAUCCGGUUCCAGCAGGGGAGCCUUAUUCAAGUUCAUGACCCCAGCGUGACCUCCACACAUGGAGAUGGGGGAGACUGGUAAGAUGGCGAAGUCGUGCAUGGGCCUGGUACUGGUCGAGUUCGGAUACGAGUACAUGAACCAAGAUGGCUGCAUGGUCUCAAUCAAACCCAAUGAACGCUACACGCUCCUGUCCAAGACCAACGAUCACUGGUGGCACGUACGCAAAGACGAGUGCACCAAGCCUUUCUACAUCCCCGCCAAAUACGUGAAGGAGCUACCGUCCAGUUUGCCUUCACCCCUCGACUUCGUCAGUGCCCCUGCGCCCAAUCCGAUGCCUCCCACUGUUUCUGACCUUGCAGAGAAGACCAAGUUGAAUGAGGUAACUAUCAGGUCACACUCUCCCAGGAACCACCACAAGACAGACAACCGCAUGUCCACGUUCGGUGUCCCACUUGAUCUCCACGAGCCUCCGUCGUACAUGUACGGAGGCUCUGGGGAUCCUAUCAUCUCCCUAAACCCACUUCCAGCUUCGGAACCGGUGAAGAACAAAAGACACAGUCUUGCUUCAAACUUAUUGAGCUCCCUCGAGUCACUGCAGAAGCCUCGGGCACCGAACGUGAGCCCCGCCGACCUGCUGCUACGCCAGGUCAAGCCAGUGGAGCCACCGGUAAUCAAGAACCUGAUUGACACCAGGCCGCAGGCACUGCUGCUGAAUCCCGAGCCACUCAUUGAGACGGAGGAAAAGUCCAUCCCGUCAUCAGAAUCGGAGAACAUUUACGAAACGAUAGCGGAUUUGAACCUGGAUGUGUUGGUGAAGAGCGAACCUGCUGCUCUGCCUGAUCCUGCUCAGAGUCCACCCUCAUCUGCAGUGCAGGGCAAGCAGGAACGCGAGAACCCAAAUAUGGCGGUGUACGCUAACAUCUCUGAGCUGAAAAAGGUUGUGAAUCGCAUACCUCCAGCAUCUACGUCCACAUGCUCUUCUCCAGGCCUCUCUCUCAGUCCGGCUCCAGACUCACCUGAUUGGCAGGGCAGACCUGAGCAGGACAACGGCAAAAUGUUCUACCCUGCCUCACACCCUCAGAGCCCCAAUCUGCCCCCAGGCAAGGAAGCCUCGGCUCUGCUCAUCCCUGCCGUGGUUGCUCCAUCCUCACUGCCACCAUCUUUCUCGCCAGGAUCAGACUGGAAACAGUUCCUAGACGAAUCCACAGGGAGACACUACUACUACAACGCCACGCUGAAUCUGACGUCAUGGGGCACUCCCGAGCCACUUAGCCCUCAGCAGGAAGGACUGCCCUAUCUACCAGAGGAGGAUUACCCUACGAAUGAGCGUGCUGUCAGGGACGCGCCCCUGUCCCCGGGCAAGCGGCCCGUUCUGCCUCGGAUCACUCUGGACCCCGGGAACCCUGUCCCGUCUGGCUGGAAUUGCUCCACAGAGCCAGGAGGAAAAACGGUCUUCACCAGUGACCACACACCCCAACAGUGGAUCCAGUCGAAGGACGAGAAAGGCAAACUGUAUUAUUACUUAAAGGACAGUUCUGUGUCUCAGUGGAAUCUUCCGGAGGUGUUGGGGAACGGCCUGGAGCAGGAUGGACAGUCUGUCCCUAAGAACCUAAGACCCGUCCCACAUGAGGACACGCAGAGGUUUUUUCCGUCUCACCGCAGGAUUGCUUCUGAUCUCAGCACCGAUUCAUCGAGCACUGUGAAUUCAGCGGAUGUGCCUCAGGAGGAUGGCACGAGGCUGAGGAGGAAUCUGUCCAGCACAGACGCUCACUACCAGCAACUUCACCACCUCCAGUACCCUCACCACCCUCACCACCCUCACCACCAUUCACAGCUGGAGAAGGCAGGAAUCCUCAACAAGACCAAAAUAGCAGAUAAUGGCAAGAAGCUGAGGAAGAACUGGGCUCAGUCAUGGACUGUACUUCAUGGAGGAAUUCUCACCUUCUACAAAGAUCCCAAAUCCACUCCGGGUGGAUACGUGAAUAAGACUAAUCAGAUCGUCCCAGAGUUCACGGUGGAGCUGAAAGGAGCGACGGUCCUUUGGGCGUCCAAGGACAAGUCCAGCAAGAAGAACGUCCUGGAGCUAAAGACUCGACAUGGUGCAGAUUAUCUGAUACAAUACGACACUGACACCAUCAUCUACGACUGGCACAAGAUCAUCCAGGACACCAUUAAACACCUGGAUCAUGAACAUUACUCAGAGGAUGAGGAUGAUGAGGUCAUGGACAAAUCAACCCAGCCUGUAGAGAGAGAGAGGAAGAACACCACGACGAGGCAGAGCUCCGCCGGUGCUGCAGAUGCUGAGCAGAGCCGCGUUCGUACCAAACUGCGUAAGUUCCUCCAGAGGAGACCGACACUGCAGGCAGUCAAGGAGAAAGGCUACAUCAAAGACAACGUGUUUGGAUGUCACCUGGACACCUUGUGUCAUCGUGAGAACACCACCGUCCCCAGAUUUGUGGAGAAGUGUAUCAAGACCGUGGAGAGGAGAGGAUUAAACAUCGACGGGAUCUACAGAGUGAGCGGGAACCUGGCGGUCAUCCAGAGACUCCGGUACAAAGCUGAUCACGAGGAGGAGCUGGAUCUGGAAGAUGGUCAGUGGGAGGAGAUUCAUGUCAUCACUGGAGCACUGAAGCUCUUCUUCAGGGAGCUUCCUGAGCCGCUGUUCCCCUACAGCUUCUUCGAAAAGUUCAUCGCCGCCAUCCAAAUCGGCGAUCAGAGUCAGAGGGUGUCGUAUAUACAAGACUUGGUGCGAACGUUGCCGUUACCCAACCACAACACCAUGGAAGUGCUCUUCAGACACCUGUGCAGGGUGGUUGAUCACUCGGACUCCAACCGGAUGUCCUUCCAGAGCAUGGCCAUAGUCUUCGGUCCAACUCUGCUCCGGCCCGAGGAAGAAUCCGGAAACAUGGCGGUCCACAUGGUCUUCCAGAACCAGAUCGUGGAGCUCAUUCUCAGGAAGUUCGAUGAGAUUUUCUCUCCCAGAUGAGUCAUUCAGCCUGAGCAGUAAAGCUGCUUGAGUGAGGCUGGACUGAGCUUUCACUGGAUUCUUAAAGACUUUCUGCUUUAUUUAGGACAACGCUCACUCUCACGUUACAGCUCAGUAAAUCUACAUGAGGAUUUCCUGACGAAUCAGAAUAAAGAGAUCAAAUGCUUUGUUUGACCGGAUUAGCGUCCGGAUUAGCGUCUGUAUGUGCGUCCGUAUUAUCAUGGGUUUUCAAAACAUGGACUUCAGGAGCUAGUUCAGAUCAACAGUCUGAAAAAAGACCGACAAAGUACGUGUUCGAUGUGUUUAACCUCCACCUGGAGUCCUCAUUUAAGCUUUGUAUAGAUUUAAAUAAAUGACUUAAUUACUUAUAUGUGCCCUGUGAUGGGUCGGCACUCCGUCCAGGGUGUAUCCUGCCUUGAUGCCCAAUGACGCCUGACGCCACAGGCUCCCCGUGACCCGAGAAGUUCGGAUAAGCGGUAGAAAACGAAUGAACGAAUGAAUGAAUGAAUGAAUGAAUCACCCAGAACUGAAAAAAGAAAGAAAGUUUGCAGCAGAUGAAUCAGGAAGCUCAGCUGGACGCUGGGACUGAAGGCAGUUGUGUUGGAAGAAACAUUUAUAUAGAAAUAUCUUGAGAUUUUGUAGGUAUGGUUGAGGUUUUCUCUGACCUGCUGUCAGGGUCGAGAAGUAAAGAGGAGUAAAGAGAAGUAAAGAGGAGUAAAGAGAAGUAAAGAUAUCUACAACAACAAGAAGCAGCCGAUUUCAUUACACUGUUGUGAUCAAGGUUUAUAAUAGUGUUAAAUGUGAGACUUGGCUCUGUUUCGCUCUGUUUUUGUCCCGGUAUCUGAUCAGCUGAUGACUAGAAACGUGUGUGUGUGUAGCGUCAGAUAAGACGAACACACACACAGAUGGAUUUUAUUGUACUUCAUUGAAAUUAAAUUUUAUUUUCUGGUAACGUGGAGAAAAACAGAGUAAAGUCGAGCGCACGUGAGGUUUGCGGAAGGGGGCGGGGCUUCAAGGUGGGGUCGGUUAAUCCCGUUUUAUGGGACAGAAAAGGGUGUGAAAGUGAGCAGGUCUGGAGCUGUAAUUUAAUUUUAAUAAUAGGGAUUAAAAGGAAUCGUCAUGAUAUCGCACAAGUCUAAUCCAGGCCUCCGUCUGGGUGCCAGAAUUUCUGUUUAAGUGCCAAGUUUGCUGAGUUUUCCUGUUAAACCAUCUAAUAACCCAGAUUCAUUUUAAACCUCCAGGGUUGGAGGUUGUGAGGUCUAAUCUCAGAAUGGUCACAGAGCCACGGUCUCGCUUUUACACAAGAUACGUCUCUCAAAACCCGAUGAACAAAAAAAAAACCCAGCAACUUCCUGUCUGAGGAUUUAAAUCUGAUCUUCUUCCUUCCACGACAGACUUAUCCUCUGAUUGGAUAUGAACGAGUUUGUGUGUGUGUGUGUGUGUUUGUGUGUGUGUGUGUGUGUGUGUGUGUGUGUGUGUGUGUGUGUGUGUGUGUGUGUGUGUGUGUGUGAUGAUGAUAUACAUGUUUAAUGUUAAAUAGAGCAUCUACAGUUUAUAACUAUAUAUUAUCUCCAGAUCUGUACAUAGAUUGAUGUUUAUAUGGAAAGAGGUUUAAUAUCAAAGUGAACACAUUUCAUAUACUAUUAAACAAAAUGCUGUGUAAAUACACAAUAUUCAGAUGUUUCACCAAAUAAAUAUUCUUUUAAGUCAA